AUGUCAGACACUGAAUCAACAAGGUUGUUGAAGAAAUCUUCCUUUGAGGAAGAAACCACCAUCGAAACUCCAUUGAUUGCAACCUCUGGCAAAACCUCUCUAGUUCCCUUGGAGGAAUCUCCCCAUGGCAGACAUCUCGGCCUUUACUCCACCAUAAUAUUGUUUAUCUCAAGAAUGGUGGGCUCUGGUAUCUUUGCAACACCUGGGUUGGUCUUUAAAGAAAUGCAAGGCUCAACCAUCUUGUUUCUAAUUACCUGGGUCGUUGGUGGCAUCGUAACUUAUAGUGGAUUAGCAGUUUAUCUUGAAUUAGGAUCACUAAUUCCCAGAAGUGGUGGAACAAAAAUUUUUUUAGAAUUCAUAUUUCCUAAUCCUAAAUUCUUUUGGAGUAUUAUCUUUGGAACCUUUUCAAUUUUUUUCAAUUUCUGUUCAACAAAUUCUAUUAUAUUUGCAGAAUAUUUACGAUUUUCACUAGAUUAUCCCAACGAUGAAUACCAGACCAAGAAACUUGCAAUUUUAUUGAUCAUAUCAGGCUUUUUUGUUCACAGCUAUUCUAAAAAAUUUGGAAUUUACUGUCAAAAUAUUGUUGGAAGUUUAAAGUUAUUGACUUUAAUAUUAAUGAUUUUGAUCAACUUGUACAUUUUAUUAAUCCCAUCGUCAAUCAGUCAUAUAGAGAAACUACCCUUACGGGAGGUUUUCAAAUUCAACAAGAAUGAAAUUUUAAAGAUAAACGAUAUACCACUACCAGUUAUAGUAUCAGCAUUACUAAAGACAAUAUACUCCUUCAGUGGAUGGAUAAGCGCACACAAUGUUCAAAAUGAGAUUAAAAAUCCUAUCAAGACACUAAAAUAUGGAGCCAAUAUAUCAUAUUUAAGCAUAUUUGUAUUGUAUAUUAUAAUGAACUUGACAUAUCUAAUUAUAAUACCACACAAAGAUAUACUCAACAGUGGAGAAUUGAUUGGGGCCAUACUAUUCAAGAUAAUCUUUGGCAAGAAUAUUGGUCAAAGAUUAUUAUCACUUAUAAUAUCAUUAUCAGCAGCUAGUAAUGUUUUAGUGGUAAUAUUUGCCGAUUCUAGGUUGAAUCAAGAAAUUGCUAGAGAAGGGUUUUUAUUUGGACACAAAUUAAUAUCAAGAAACUAUCGUCCAUUUAAUACACCAAUACUUGCUAUAUUGUUACAUUGCACUAUAUCUAUAAUGGUUAUAUUAAUACCUAGUAAAGGGGAGAUAUACAACUUUAUUGUUUCUAUGCAAAUUUAUCCCAAUCAGAUAUUCAAUGUUGUAAUUUGUCUUGGAAUUAUUAAGAUACGGAACAAAUUCAAGAAAAUCAAGGCGCCUAUUAGGAUAAUGACUUUUUUAAUAUAUUUGUGUUUGGUAAGUUCAUUAGGAAUAAUAGUCAGUCCUUUGAUUGAGAUUUUGAUCAAUAAGAAUGGUAAUGGUGAUGAUAAUGGUGAAUAUGGGUAUAUAAUUGGUGGGUUAUUAGUUAUAACAAUAGGGAUAAUUUAUUGGGCGAUUUUUGUUAAGCUUUUACCGUAUAUUGGUAAAUAUAAAAUAGUUCGAAAACGAAUAGUAUUGGAAGAUGGAUUGGAGAUUAAAGUGUGGAAUAAAAAGCACUUAUAA